AUGCCCGGCAGAACCGACUCGGAAGACGUCCCCAUGGACGAGGCGCCCGCCUCUCACCAGCCCGAGGAGGAAGAGGAGGAGGAGGAGGGACAGGAGUCGACUGAGCAGGAGGAGGAAGAGGAGGAGGAGCCCCAGCGCGUCAAGAUUCUGCCCGGCUCAACAGACACAGCCGCCUCAUUCGAGUUUAUCGAUGAGGGGCACACGCUCGGCAAUGCGCUGAGAUAUGUCAUCAUGAAGAAUCCCGACGUUGAGUUCUGCGCCUACGCCAUCCCUCACCCUUCGGAACCCAAGAUGAACAUUAGGAUCCAGACCUAUGACGGCACCGCCGUCGCGGCUCUGCAAAAGGGUCUCAAGGACCUUCAGGCCCUUAGCGACACCGUCGCCGAGGAGUUUAUCCGCGCCAAGGAGGAGUUUGGUCGUUCAUAG